AAACCGGAUGGAUAUUUGUAGUUAUGUUUGGUCCGGGGUUGGGUACGACAUGUGGCAUGGGCUUAUUGGUUAGGAAAAGGUAAGCUUAGAGAUGAUGGGUCGAGAAAGAAGCUGUCAUAGUGUUACAUACGUCCGUGGCUUCCCCAUAUCUCACGUGCAUACGGAUAACGUAAUCACCAAUUUGUAAGUCCCCACCCUUUUAUCUACGUGGCUUUGCCACAUCAUCCUAACCGACGGAUUUUAUCAGAUGGGAAAGUUCUUAAAACAGAGAAAGCUUUUUUUUUGUGUCACCAAUCUCUGGUAGUUCUCUCCUCGGGACGAAUCUCUUUUAUUAUGUUAUGAAAAAAAAUGGAAAGAGUAUGCGAGUUUUGUAAAGCGUAUAGAGCAGUGGUUUAUUGUAUAGCCGAUGCAGCGAAUCUUUGUUUGACAUGUGAUGCAAAGGUUCAUUCAGCUAAUUCACUAUCUGGACGACAUUUACGAACGGUUUUAUGUGAUUCUUGUAAGGACCAGCCUUGUGUUGUUCGAUGUUUUGACCAUAGAAUGUUUCUUUGCCAUGGAUGUAACGAUAAGUUCCAUGGUGGUGGUGGUGUCUCUUCUGAGCAUCAUAGAAGGGAUGAUGUGGCGUGUUACACCGGGUGUCCUCGUGCUAGAGAUUUCGCGGUUAUGUGGGGUUUUCGAGUUAUGGAUGAUGAUGGUAUUUCGUUAGAGGAAUCUUUACGAAUGGUUAAACCUAAGGGACGAUCGGAGAUGAACAAGGUGCAAAGAGAAGCUGGUUUUGUCUUGGAACAGAUUCUUGAAUUGGAGAAGCUUCAGCUCAAGGAAGACGAUGAUGAUUUGUCUUUGACAGAACGAGCUGAUCCAUCUCCAUUGGAGCUUCCGAAGAGAUCUGAGGAACGGUUAGUUGAUCUUCCGCAGACCGGAAAAGAGCUGAUUGUAGACUUUUCACAUUUGUCCUCGUCUUCUACACUUGGUGAUUCCUUUUGGGAAUGCAAUAAAAGUCCAUAUAAUAAGAACAAUCAGUUGUGGCAUCAAAACCUACAAGACAUUGGAGUUUGUGAAGAGACCGUUUGCGAAGAUGAUGACUUUCAUAUACCUGACAUUGAUAUCACUUUCAGAAACUUUGAUGAAGAGCAAUUUGGAGCUGAUCCUGAGCCUAUUGCAGACAGUAACAACAUGUUCUUUGUUUCUUCCUUAGACAAGUCUAGCAAGAUGAAGACAUUUUCUUCUUCAUUCAAUAAUCCCAUAUUUGCACCUACACCAGCUUCAUCAUCUAUCUCAUUCUCAAGUAGCGCAACUGAUUACCCUCACAAUCAUUCAGAGAAAGUAAUCUCAUUUUGUUCCCCUGUCUCUAACAAUGCACGUCAAAAGGCCAUCUCAAGGCUCAAGGAGAAGAAGAGAGCACGAGCGGAGGAGAAAUGAAUUUAGUAUUGUCCCCAAGAAGAACUCAGUACAACGCAUAGCUACUGGAUUUGCACCAAGCCAUUUUGUACAUAAGACUCACUAAUCUACCGUUUCAUCUAUUUUUACGUGACUCAGUUUCUUGCAUGUAACUGUGUAUCUGAUGAGACUGAUUAUUUUGCUUCAACA